AACAGCACCACUCGCUGUCAGCUGUGAAUAAGGACAUAACUCAUGGCAAACUAAACCCCCCACAAAGUUUGCAAUUACACCCUUCAUAAAUGCCUUUAUUUUCUUUCGCCUCCCUGUCUCCCUCCCAUAUUCGGUGCCGCUACUAUUUAACCCCUUGGCGCUACAGGCCUACAGCCCCAACCUCUCUCUUUCCUCGCUUCUUUUUUUGACCCACCUCCUGCACCCACCAGAGAACAAGAAUUCGAUCCCAUUCCUUCCACACCCACUCGCGCCGCGAAUUUCACCGCCGAUCCGGCCGACAGCAAUGGCCUCCUCCGCCGACGAGUCCCUGCCGUCGCUGCCGCCGAUCAAGACGGCGCCUUUGGCCCCCUCCGACGCUGCCUCGGCCUCGCCGUCGCCGGCGUCGUCCACGCAGGAGUCGGCGGCAGCGGAGGGCAAGACGGAGGCCGCAGCGGCGGCGGAGGAGAAGGACCCGUCGACGCCGACGUCGAAGGAGUGCAGGAUCCUGCUGCCCGAGGAGUGCCCAGCGGCGCCGCGCAAGCCGCCGGUGCCCCGGCUUCCGGCGCUCAAGCGGAAGUCGCGGCCGACGCUGACGGCGACGACGACGGCGCGGGUGUGCCUCGCCGUCCCGCGGGACCUCUCCACCGUGUUCCGGUCGAUGCCCAUGCCCGUGACCGCCGAGAAGCGGAUCCGGGCGUCGUGAUGGUGAUGCUGCGAUCUGGUCGACGCCCAUGCCCGUCCCGAUUCGGCCGAUUGAUCUCCUGGAGAAUUCUCCCAGUCCGCUUGCUUCUUCCUCUUCUCCUCUCCUCUCCUGGGUUCGUGGCCAUGGUAAAUUAUGAGUCAGUCUCAUCAUAUACAUAAAUAAGGUGUUGUUCUUUGUAGUAGUAUGCGUGCUUCCUUCUGCCAUGGCUCUGUGAAAUUCUCAUGCAAGCUGUAUAAUAAGGUAGGUUGUUAAUUACUGGGCGGAAGUGGUUAAGGGCGGAAGAAGGUUGUAAGAAAAUUCAGAGAGAUCCUGGUAAAUUAAUUAAUUAAUUAUGAUAGCCAGUA